AUGAUGAAGCUUACCGUUGCCCUCGUCCUCGCCCCUCUUGUUGCCGUAUCUGCUCUGCGGCCGGGUGGUGAUAGGGCACCGCGUGAUGACAAGGUCAGCUAUGACGGCUACCAGGUGUACCGUGUGUCAACAGCCAACGCGCCGAGAGACCUUUCGCGGCUGAGCUCGUUCCCGGCCAUUGAACAAAAGGGCUUCGUCGAGGUGGCGGUCCCUCCCCAUGAGAUCGACACCUUCAAGUCGCUGGACCUCGACACGCAGCUCUUGGACGAGGAUCUCGGCAGGCUGAUCAACGCAGAGACCGCGGCCGAGAAGACCCCGUCCCUGACCAAGCGCGGCGAGCUGCCCUCGUUGAGCUGGUUCGACUCGUAUCACGCCUACGACGACCACGUCCAGUACUGGAAGGACCUCCACGCCGCGUUCCCGGACAACUCGGAGUGGCUGGACAUUGGGUCGUCGUACGAGGGCCGCAACAUCUUUGGGCUGCGUCUUUGGGGCGGCGAAGACACGGGGGCCAAGCCCAUCGUCCUAUGGCACGGCACCGUCCACGCCAGAGAAUGGAUCACGACGCUGACCGUCGAGUACCUGGCCUACCAGCUCAUCGAUGGAUACAAAUCCGGAGACCAGAACGUCACGGCCUUCUUCGACGCCUACGACUUUUACAUUGUGCCCUUCCACAACCCCGACGGCUUUGUGUACAGCCAGACCACGGAUCGGCUCUGGCGCAAGAACCGCCAGCCGCGCUCCAACACGACGUGCGUCGGCACCGACGGCAACCGCAACUGGAACUACGAGUGGGACUACCCCGUCGUGGGCGGCGUCGUUUCCACCAACCCCUGCGACGAGAUCUUCCGCGGCCGGUGCCCCGGCGACACGCCCGAGAACAUUGCCCUCUCGGCCCUCUCCCGCGAGCUGGCCGCCAAGCCCGGCGGCAUCCGCCUCUUCAUCGACUGGCACAGCUACUCGCAGCUCAUCCUGCUCCCCUGGGGCUUCUCGUGCGAGCCCGAGGUCCUGCCCGAGAACCUGCAGGCGCAGCGCGACGUCGGCGCCGGGUAUGCGGCCGCCAUCAAGGCGACGAGCGGGGAGGAGUACCAGGUCGGCCCCUCGUGCGAGAUCCUGUACAACUCGACCGGGUCCGCGAGGGACUUCCACCACGGCGCGCUCAACGCGACGUACUCGUGGAGUGUCGAACUGAGGCCCAAGAGCGGGUCGGGCGGGUCUGGGUUCAUCUUGCCGCCCGAGUUCAUCCUGCCGACGGGCAAGGAGCACUGGGAGGGCAUCAAGUACGUCCUCGGCGUGGUCGGUUAG